CGCGCGGGAAAUCUCCUGUGCAUCCGGAAUCCUCCCAACUGCUAGGAUUAUGGCCACCUCUUCGGUGUCCAAGGGCUGUUUUGUGUUUAAACCAAACUUCAAGAAGAGAAAGAUCUCUGUAUCAACAGAGGACUAUUUUAAUAAAGGGAUAAAUGAGUCUGAAGACAGUAAGCUUCGAUUUGAAACUUACCACUGGAUAUGGCAACAGAUGAAAUCAGAAACUGAGCAACUACAGGAGGAGUUAAAUAAAAACCUGUUUGACAAUCUGAUUGAAUUUCUGCAAAAGUCUCAUUCUGGAUUUCAGAAGAAUUCAAGAGACUGGGCCUGUCAGAUAAAACUUAAAGAAAUUCCAACAGCUGCUCUUAUUCUUGGUGUGAAUGUCACAGAUCAUGAUUUAAUAUUCAGAAGUCUAACAGAGGCCCUUCAGAAUAAUAUUACACCGUAUGUAGUCUCUUUACAAGCUAAAGAUUGUCCAGAUAUGAAACAUUUUUUGCAAAAGUUGGUCUCACAGUUAAUGGACUGCUCUGUAGAUAUGAAACCCAAAGAAGGGGAAAGUAUUCAGGUCACCCAAAAAAAGACACAUUGUUCAAUGGAUUCACUUUCCAGUUGGUAUAUGACUGUCACAAAGAAGACAGAUCCAAAAAUGCCAAGUAAAAAGAGGACUACGUCUAGCCAAUGGCAGUCUCCUCCUGUUGUGCUUAUCUUAAAGGAUAUGGAAAGCUUCACCACAAAAGUACUUCAAGACUUCAUAAUUAUCAGCAGUCAACAUCUACAUGAAUUCCCACUAAUAUUAGUUUUUGGAAUCGCCACAUCUCCUAUUAUCAUCCACCGAUUGCUUCCACAUGCAGUCUCAUCUCUAUUGUGUAUAGAACUAUUCCAAUCUUUGUCUUGCAAAGAGCACCUGACUACAGUCCUUGACAAGCUACUUCUUACAACUCAAUUUCCCUUUAAAAUAAGUGAGAAAGUGUUACAGGUUCUGACCAACAUCUUUUUAUAUCAUGAUUUCUCAAUUCAAAACUUUGUAAAAGGACUUCAGCUUUCUCUGUUAGAACAUUUUUAUUCCCAGCCCUUGAGUGUUCUGUGCUGCAGUCUCCCAGAUGCCAAGAGAAGAAUAAAAUUUUUAUCGGUUAACCAAUGUGAAAACAUCCGACGUCUUCCAUCAUUUAGAAGGUAUGUUGAAAAACAAGCCUCAGAAAAGCAAGUUGCACUACUGACCAAUGACAGAUUUUUAAAGGAAGAGACACAAUCAUUACUAGAAGAUCUGCAUAUUUACCAUGUGAAUUAUUUCCUGGUUUUGCGAUGUCUUCAUAAUUUCACCAGUUCUCUUCCCAAGUACCCACUAGGUCGACAGAUCAGAGAGUUGUACUGCACAUGUUUAGAAAAGAACAUAUGGGAUUCAGAGGAGUAUGUAUCAGCCUUGCAGCUGCUGAGGAUGUUGGCAAAAGAUGAACUGGUGACUAUGCUUCAGAAAUGUCUCAGGGUUUUUAAUUCCUCUUCUGAAAAUCAGCUUGGCAGCACAGCAAAGAAAAUAGAAGAGCUCCUGGCCCAAUUUCAGAACCUUUGUGCAGAUACCAAAGAAGAAGAAGAUGCUCCUGGGUCACAGCCAAAGGGGCUUCCGAAGACAGACCUGUAUCAUCUUCAAAAGUCCUUACUGGAAAUGAAAGAGUUAAGAAGAUCAAGUAAGAAGCAAACCAAGUUUGAAUUACUCAGAGAAAAAGCUGUGAAUUUCAUUGACUCUUUGGUAAGAGAAUACCUUCUGCCUCCUGAAACGCAGCCUCUGCAUGAAGUGGUGUACUUCAGUGCUGCCCACACUCUCCGGGAACACUUAAAUGCUGCUCCACGAAUCGCCCUCCACACUGCACUCAACAAUCCUUAUUAUUAUCUAAAGAAUGAAGCACUAAAAAGUGAAGAGGGCUGCAUUCCAAAUAUUGCCCCUGACAUCUGCAUAGCAUAUAAACUGCACCUGGAGUGUAGUAGGCUGAUCAACCUUGUGGACUGGUCAGAGGCUUUUGCAACAGUUGUGACAGCUGCUGAAAAAAUGGAUGCAAAUUCUACUGCCUCAGAAGAAAUGAAUGAAAUAAUACAUGCUCGGUUUAUUAGAGCUGUUUCUGAACUAGAACUUCUAGGAUUUAUAAAGCCUACCAAACAGAAGACUGACCAUGUGGCAAGGCUAACGUGGGGAGGCUGCUAAAAAGCAAAUAGUGCAGCCACAAGUGUCACAUUUGGCUUAAGAGAAAAAUGAGACCAGUCAUAUUUAUAUGCCACUAGAGGAGACUCUUCGUGAGAAAAAUGUGUAAUCCCUUUAUGAUGUUUAACCAGAAAGUGCACAGCUAACCCCAAACAGGUGUAUCUUUUAAACUCUGGAGUAGUUUAGAAUCCAACAAAUAACAUACUUACAUUAUAAUUAAAACCUCUCCUACAUUAGCAUUGUACUUUUCACAGUCAUUAAGAGUAAAUCUUCUUGAACAUAUAAAUAUAAUUAAGUUUCUUCAUCCAGGAAUAUAAACUAUUUGCACUGGAUAGCAGUACUCAUUCCUCUGCCCUUAAUUUUUUUUAGUGGCAUUUGUAAUUUAGUACCUCAAGUAACAUGAGUAUCCUACAGAUUUCUUUUUCCCAGUGACUACUAGACUGCUUCUGCCUCCCCAUUUCCUUUAGUCUUAAAACUUGCAAGGUUCCAAGGUGAUUGGCUUUACACUUAAAGAUACUAAAUACUGUACUUCUGGAUGACCCUCAUGGAGUCUUACUGGCAGUAAAAAUAAAUGUGUUAUAUGAAAUGAGUCCAUGAUUUACCUGU